CGCUUUGCCCCUCAACACUGUCGCAAUCGCGUAGAAGCGCGACAUUUUCUAUAACAACAGUGAAUUGUUUACGGCACCCGCCCUCGUUGAGCCUUUGAAGAGGAAGGUGAACGUUAUGAGAGCUUACUUUGGGGACUCUUUCUUUAGCAAGUAACUGCUGCUGUCAUUCUGGUUGCCUUGAGGAUGGAUCCAGUGGUACUGAGCUACCAGGACAGUCUCCUGCGGUGCUCAGAUGUGGCACUUUUAAAUGGACCCCACUGGCUCAACGAUCAAGUCAUAGGUUUCGCCUUUGAGUACUUUGCAACAGAACCCUUCAAAGGUUUGGGUGAGAAGGUCUGUUUCAUCAGCCCUGAAGUCGCUCAGUUUAUAAAGUACGCCUCAUGUCAAGAGGAACUCGCCAUUUUCCUGGAGCCGCUGAGUCUCGCAUCUCGUCGGUGGGUUUUUUUGGCUGUCAAUGACAACUCUAAUCAAUCAGCCGGUGGCUCCCAUUGGAGCCUGCUUCUCUAUCGGCGAGACACCGGCCAGUUCUCCCACUACGACUCCCAGAGUGGAAGCAACUCAUUGCAUGCCCGGCGUAUUGCAGCUAAGUUGGAGGCUUUUGUAGGCACUGGAACGAAAGUGCCCUUUGUGGAGGAGCAAAGCCCCUCGCAGCAGAACAGCUAUGACUGUGGCAUGUAUGUGAUCUGUAAUGCUGAGGCUCUGUGUGAGAGUGCUAGAGUCGAGGGCUGUCCCCACCUGCCCGCUCAGAUCAUAACACCCACCUACAUUACACGGAAACGGACAGAAUGGUAUUCACUAAUACAGAGACUUGCCAAGGAAUGACUAGCUGACCCUUUAUAUCAUGCAACGGCAUCGCAUGAACUCUAUUAGCCACUGGGCAAAGUGAACACACUUAUUUAUCAUAGUCAAUCCUGCACAAAGGUUGCACAAUAUAAACUGCAUUUGAAAACAGCAUGCACUUCUCAAACAUUUUUGCCAAACUCUUAAAUGUAUAGUUCAUACAAAAAUGAAAAUUCCAUCAACUAUUUACUCACGUCGUUCUAAUCCCAAAAUGAGAAGUUUUUUUAAUUAUUUUUUUCAUACGGUGUAAGUGAAUUUGGACUGCUCUAUCAUGCUCCAGUAAUUACAAAUAAAGCAUCAUUAUUGAAUAGUUCACCCAAAAGAUUAAAAUUAGCUGGGAAUGUAUUAAUCCUUGGGCCACUGUGGUUUGGAAAAAAUGUAGCAAAACACCACUUGAUAACCAGUGGAUCUUCUGCAGUGAAUGGGUGCCGUCAGAAUGAAAGUCCAAACAUCUGAUAAAAAUAUCCCAAUAAUGUUAAAAGCAUCAUGAUGGAUUUGUUUUGUACAAACUCAAAGCUUUUUGUUUCACUAGACUUUAAUUGAUAUAUUGAAGUUAUGCGACUUACUUGUGGAUUAUUGUGAUGUUUUUAUCAGCCACUUGGACUCUCAUUCUGACGGUACCCAUUCACUGCAGAGGAUCCAUUUAAUGUAAAUUACUCCAAAUCCAUUCCAAUGAAGAAACAAACUCAUCUACGUUAUGGAUGAGAAUUUUCUAUGUCUAUAAUGCCUGCAUUUUUUAUCAUAUUUUGAACUUGGCAGCCUCAGACAUCAUUCCCGUUGCAUUGUAUGAAAAUGUCAGCAUUCUGCGAAACAUCUUCCGUUAAGGAAACAAAGUCAUACAAGGGUGAGUAAAUCCAGAUUGAUGGUUUCACUUUUGGAUGUGCUGUUUCUUUUAAGAAAGCGUCUAAGACAUUUCCUCUAUUUUAAAAGAGAGAAGAAACUUGUGAUCAGUAUAACAAAUCAGUUGGUGCAGUAGAUUCAGAAUGUAUUGUUGCUGAUUAGUUUAGAUUAGUAGCAUGAAUUGAGUAACUGAAUGUGAUGCUUGUUUACAGGACUUUUUGCUCAGGGCUUAUUUUGAGAGGACUUCAGAUGACAAAGAAUGUGAUCUGUGUUAUAACUGUCUAAGGGAAAUGUUAUAUUAUAACACAUGCUGAAAAACAAAAAAAACAGUAGAGUAGUUUUAAAUUAACCAAGUGCAUCCUCUGGCUGAGCUGAAAAGAUGCUUUGUGACCUCACACCAGCAAAUGCAUGAUUGUGUGACAGUGUAUUCCUCAGCUGUAUAUACCAGUUUUCUUACAACUGAAUAAAACUGAUAAGAAUGA